CCGCCCGAGUCUGAGUUCCUCCGAAGAAAAGCGACGCGAAGUUCGAGUGAACCGCAAAGCGCUUUAGUAAGAGUGUGAAAGGAGUGGAAACGGCGUCUGAGGUGUUCGCUGGAACCACCCCGGCCGAUGACGUGUCCAUAGAGAGGAUGAAAACCCCCGUCCCUGUGUUGCGUCUUCCACGAGGUCCGGAUCAUCCCGACAGCCGGGGCUUCGACCCCAGCUCCCCCCGGUUCCAGGCCCUGCGCUCGACCCGCGGCGGCGCUGCCGCCGCCGCCGCCGGGCUCCCCGAACUCCGGGAGGAGCAGCAGGCUCGCUCCCUGCUCCGACAGCGCUACCUGCGCAGCCUGCUGGCCAUGCGUGACGCGCAGGUUCGUUUCCGCAUGUACGAGCGCGUGCACGUGGAGGCGCGCUUCGGAGCCUCCGACAUAGACGUGCUCAACUUCCAGGUGUCGGACCUGCAGACGCCCAUCGGAGUGCAGAAGGAAGCUUUGCUGCGGUGCCCAGACAUGAUCUCCUACUCGCUUGAACUGUGAGAGGGAGGACAGCCAUGGGACACACACAGAGAGGACACCUACUGCACGUGUAACUCAGUGUUUGCUGAAAGGAUAUUUGUGGCUUUUCCCCUGUCUUUCAACGACAAUUAAAACAUAAGAUGCAAAACUGUUGUUGUUUGCUCACAGAUGAAUGAUCCAUUGAUGCCUUUCUCACAUGGACUUAUAAUGUGGUUUCUGAUUCAAGUCCUGCUUUCACCUUGCAGGUAGAGCCUUGUACAUUUACACUGAUUCAUUUAGCAGAGGCUUUUCUUCAAAGUGGCUUACAUCUCAGUAAAGCUUGAAUUAGACCAGUAAAAAAAAAUUCUCUGUAUAAAUCGGAAUGUGCACCAAAGGGGAGCAGG